AUGGCGGAGAAAGAUUGCUGCUACUCGUGCUCGUCGGCGUCUGAAACGCUGCGAUGGAUUAGCGCCGUCGUCGAAUUUCUCAACACUUACUCCUUCUUCAGAGACGCUCAUUUGGUGAACUUCUUCCGUGACAAACUAUGGGAAUCACUGGACAGCGACUGGAUUGAAUGCCUUGGGAAGGAGCCCGUCGAGAUCCUCCUUCAAAUUCCGUCGGGUCUCGUCAAACAUGACUGGCCUCCUUCUCUCAAACACUUUCUUCUCACUUUGAACUCCCUCGUCUUCCCUCGCCAACACUCCCACUCCUUACAAACGGUAUUACCGGAGUGGUUGAACUUGAACAUGGAGAAGAAAAUAAAGAUAACUUCGGUUAAUGGCGUUCUGGGGCAAGGCAUGAAUCCCAAGAAGAAGCAUGAAGUUGAAAUUCUCUCUGCUCUCCUCAGUUGUGUUGCUCACUCCGUCGGAGCUCAUACAAUUAUUGACGUCGGUGCCGGUCAGGGGUAUCUUUCACAAGUUCUUUCGUUCCAGUACAACCAUUCUGUACUUGCAAUUGACGCUUCCUCUCAUCACGGAAGCGUUACCAAUGCGCGUGCUCAGCGAAUCUACAAACAUUACGCUUUUCUCAUGCGUAAAUCCAAAUCAGAAAAGACAAGUCUGAUGGUGCCUAAGACAAUCACAUGCCGUGUCAUGUCCAUAGAUAUGUUAAAAGAUUUGAUCACGUCCGAGGCAACAACAUGUAGUAAAGAUAAUGGCAGUGAACAACAUCGCGACGACUACGGCGACAUGGGACUGCAACAAUCUUUGUGUAGGGUGAACGAUGAUACCUCCUCGAUGCUUCUUGCUGGGCUUCAUGCUUGUGGAGAUCUCUCUGUAACGAUGCUCAGGACCUUUUUGGGGUGCAAAGAAGUUAAAGCAAUUGUCAGCAUAGGUUGCUGUUACAACCUAUUAUCUGAAGAGGGUUUCGACCACGUGGAGUCUCAAAACGGUUUUCCGCUGAGUCGUGGUGUCAAAUCCGCAGGCUUAUCACUUGGAAAAAGUUUGCGCGAUCUUGCUUGUCAGAGUGCAGAGAGGUGGAGAUGUCUGGAAGCAGAUGAUGGUAUACACAACUUUGAGUUGCAUGCUUUUCGUGCUGCUUUUCAGAUGAUUCUUAAGAAAUACUAUCCAGAAGUCAUGAUAUCAAGUCCAUCAAUUGGACGCCAAGGGAAAGCUUUGCGUCGCCGACAGAAAAGGGAGACCCUGGAAUCAGUGCCAUGCCACAAAGAUAGCACAUGUGCAUCCUCAUCUCAUAUACAGUCAAGGAUGGAAGACAAUUGCCCUCCUGUAAAAUCCACAGAACCAGAAACUGGUGACCGUUCUAGCUCUGGAUUUGAGACAGCAUCAUCCUUAUUUCGAGAUUCUAGAAAGGGUGAUAAAUAUUCACUUUUCCAGAGAUAUAGCCUGUCUGGACUACGCCGUCUUGGUCUCAAGCCUUUGCAGGAUAUAGAUUUUUGCAGAAUAUGGGAUGAAGUCGAGCCUUUUUCUGAAAUGAUUGGACCUUAUUGGUCCCUUCGAGCUGCACUGGGGCCGCUCUUGGAGACAUUUAUUUUGCUGGAUAGAUUGUUGUUCCUUCAGGAGGCAGGAAAUUCAAUUGAAGCAAUGAUGUUACCAAUUUUUGAUCCUGAAUUAUCCCCAAGAAAUGUUGCCAUUAUUGCCAAAAAGAUAUGAUACAAAUGUCACAGAGUGGAAUGAGUUUAUAUGGUGUAGCAAUUGACUAACAAGAUUUGUCUAAUCAUUUUCUAUCGUCUCCCAAAGAAACUUGUGGUGGAAAAGUUUUAAAGACGAUCAUAUCAAAGAUUUGGAGAUGAGCUACAACAAAGUUUUGUACGGAUAAUAUAGCAUGAAUGAAACUAACAAGCAUGGAUUCUUGUCAUUAUUAGAGUGGUGAAAAAAUGGCGUCCGCUCGAGGUAGGUCACAUGUUCGAGUUUAAAUGCCUUUUUUGUUGUGUUAGACAACUUGUUAUUCUUUGACUUUGUUGUCCCUUCCAUUAGCUGAUAAUGAUAUGGCUUUGUUUCGAGGAAGAAUAUCCAUCACUAAGAAGUGGAUUCGCUUGUAAACUCUUUUUUUAGGAAUCUGAGCAUGCAAUUGUCACUCUCAUGGACAUGGUUGAUUUUUGU